UGGCUGAGCUUUCCAGUGAACUAUAGGCCACAGAGUGACACAUAACGUCCUUAAAACAUACUCCUAUCUGAUAACGUACAGUAACGGCCACUUAAAAUGACAAACGAUGGGACGAAAAAGAAAGGAAAAGCACCAAGAGACAAAAAAUCGUCUAAAAGAAAAGGCAAGAGGAGGGAAACAUACGCUGUGUAUAUUUAUAAAGUUCUGAAGCAGGUCCACCCUGAUACUGGCAUCUCCAGCCGGGCCAUGAGCAUCAUGAACUCCUUCGUAAAUGAUGUGUUCGACCGCAUUGCCACAGAGGCCUCGAGACUGACCCAGUACAACAAGCGCUCAACCAUCACCAGCCGUGAGGUCCAGACUGCCGUCAGGCUGCUGCUGCCUGGGGAGCUGGCCAAGCACGCUGUGUCUGAGGGGACCAAGGCUGUCACCAAGUACACCAGCUCCAAGUGA